AUGGCCCAAAUCUCUCAAAUUUCCUCAGAAAGUCAAAUCACCAUAUUUUUCAAAGACAUGGGUGCCCAAAUAUCAUGGAAAACAAACUGUUCAUAUUAUUGGGGAUUUGCCGCAUAUAUUGCCUACUGUAAUAAUAAUGUCAAUUAUAGUCCUCCCUGUACUCAUUUGAAUGUAUUUGUAGAUUUUGGGAGGGUCCAAUUGUAUGGGGGACUCGGCUUUUUCCUGGUAGUUGUGACAUUGAGAGUUGAAAGAAAAAUUCCAUUUCCGACGGGAAAUGUAUUUACAAGUCUAUUUAAUCUCGUUUCGUGUCCAAACUAUUUCUAUGAGUAUAUUUCCUGGCUGAGUUUUGCUGUUGCUUCUCAGUCAUUGCCUUGUUUGAUGUGUGGCUAA